UGGGCCUCGGCGCUCCCGCGGCUGCCUGCGACCGGCCAGGGGGCCGCGCCUAGCGGGAGCCCGGACCCUCCUCCGCGGGGACUGGGGCCCGGCGCCCCGGCGGAAGGCGUCGCGGGCGCUCUGCGAGCCAAGUUCGAGGCGGGGGAGGCCGCCUCGGGCGGGCCCGGCUUCUCCGGGGGGGCGGGCGCGCAAAUGGCCACUCAGGUGGAGCCGCUGCUGCCGGGGGGCGCCCCGCUCUUGCAGGCCGAAGAGCACGGGGGGCUGGUGAGGAAGAAGCCGCCGCCGGCGCCCGAAGGCAAGGGCGAGCCUGGGGCGAACGACGUCGGCGGGGGGGAGCCGGACGGCGGCGCCCGGAGACCUCGGCCGCCCUGUGGCAGGCCGCACCGGGAGGGCACCGGGCCGCCGGAGCGCGAGAGCCCGCGGCUGCCGCAGCCACAGCCAUCCGGCGCCGAGGGCCCGGCGGGCAGCGACGGAGAGGAGGGCGGCGGCGAGCCGGGAGCGGGCGCCGGGCGCCGAGACUUCGUGGAAGCUCCGCCGCCCAAGGUGAACCCGUGGACGAAGAACGCGCUGCCGCCGGGCCUGGCCGCGGUGAACGGACAGCCCCCUCCAGAACAUUCUGCUCCAGCCAAGGUGGUGAGGGCUGCAGCUCCUAAACAGCGCAAGGGCAGCAAGGUUGGUGACUUUGGAGAUGCAAUCAACUGGCCAACACCUGGAGAGAUAGCCCACAAGAGUGUACAGCCGCAGUCUCAUAAGCCUCAACCUGCCCGUAAGCUGCCACCCAAGAAGGACAUGAAGGAGCAGGAGAAAGGAGAGGGGAGCGAUAGUAAGGAGAGCCCCAAAACCAAAUCAGAUGAAUCAGGAGAGGAGAAGAAUGGGGAUGAAGACUGUCAGCGUGGUGGGCAGAAAAAGAAAGGUUGUGAUUUGGGCCAAAGCCCAGAGCAGAAGAGUUGGAUAUGGAGGACCUCUCAAGCCUGUCUCCCAUGCUCAUGCUGUCCCCCAGGGAACAAACACAAGUGGGUUCCGCUGCAAAUAGACAUGAAGCCCGAAGUACCCAGAGAGAAACUGGCCUCACGCCCCACUCGCCCGCAGGAGCUGAGGCAUACACCUGCGAACCGUGGGGAGAUCAAAGGGUCUGAGCCUGCCGCCUACAUGCCUGUGUCUGUGGCCCCCCCCACCCCAGCCUGGCAACCAGAGACCAAACCGGAGCCUGCCUGGCAGGACCAGGGUGAGACAUCCAGUGUGAAGAGUGAUGGGGCUGGUGGGGCGCGGGCUUCCUUCCGUGGCCGUGGACGGGGGCGUGGUCGCGGCCGGGGACGCGGCCGGGGUGGCACUCGAACCCAUUUUGACUACCAGUUUGGCUACCGAAAGUUUGAUGGUACGGAGGGGCCUCGUACCCCCAAGUACAUGAACAAUAUCACCUACUACUUUGACAAUGUCAGCAGCACUGAACUUUACAGUGUGGACCAGGAGCUCCUCAAAGACUACAUCAAGCGUCAGAUUGAAUACUACUUCAGCGUGGACAAUUUAGAGCGAGACUUCUUCCUGAGACGGAAAAUGGAUGCCGAUGGUUUCCUUCCCAUCACCCUUAUUGCUUCCUUCCACCGAGUGCAGGCCCUCACCACUGACAUUUCACUCAUCUUUGUGGCCCUAAAGGAUAGCAAGGUGGUGGAGAUCGUUGAUGAGAAAGUCCGAAGGAGGGAAGAGCCUGAGAAGUGGCCUCUUCCUGGCCCCCCCAUAGUGGAUUAUUCACAGACUGAUUUUUCCCAGCUUCUCAACUGCCCUGAGUUUGUUCCCCGCCAGCACUACCAGAAGGAGACGGAAUCGGCACCUGGCUCUCCUCGUGCAGUUACCCCAGUGCCAACCAAGACAGAGGAGGUCAGCAACCUAAAGACUCUGCCUAAGGGGCUGUCUGCCAGCCUGCCUGACCUGGAUUCCGAGAACUGGAUUGAAGUCAAGAAGAGGCCUCGGCCCUCCCCAGCACGGCCCAAGAAGUCAGAGGAGUCCAGGUUUGCCCACCCGACCUCUCUGCCUCAGCACCUUCCUUCCCAGCAUCUGAUGUCUAAGGAUCAGGAGGAGCAAGAGGAACUAGACUUCCUGUUUGAUGAGGAAAUGGAACAGAUGGAUGGGCGGAAGAACACCUUCACCGCCUGGUCUGAUGAGGACUCUGACUAUGAGAUCGAUGAUCGGGAUGUCAACAAGAUCCUCAUUGUCACCCAGACGCCACCUUACAUGCGCCGGCACCCUGGAGGGGAUCGCACGGGCAACCAUACCUCCCGUGCCAAGAUGAGUGCCGAGCUGGCCAAGGUCAUUAACGAUGGGCUCUUCUACUAUGAGCAGGACCUGUGGACUGAGAAAUUUGAACCUGAAUAUUCCCAGAUCAAGCAAGAAGUUGAGAACUUCAAGAAAGUCAACAUGAUCAGCCGGGAGCAGUUUGACACACUGACCCCAGAACCCCCUGUGGAUCCCAACCAGGAAGUUCCUCCUGGGCCACCGAGGUUCCAGCAAGGUGAGGGGCAGACCCUGGAGACUUGGUGUGGGCAGGAGGGGCUGGAGGCCUGCUUCUCCUCGCUGACCCUCUCUGCCUGUGUAGUUCCCACUGAUGCCCUGGCCCACAAGCUGUUUGGUGCUCCUGAGCCCUCCACCAUCGCCCGUUCUCUCCCGACCACUGUCCCAGAAUCGCCAAACUACCGCAAUGCCAGAACCCCCCGCACACCCCGGACCCCACAGCUCAAAGACUCCAGCCAGACGUCACGGUUUUACCCAGUGGUGAAAGAAGGACGGACGCUAGAUGCCAAGAUGCCUCGAAAAAGGAAGACAAGGCACAGCUCAAACCCGCCCUUGGAGAGCCAUGUGGGCUGGGUGAUGGACUCCCGCGAGCACAGGCCCCGGACUGCAUCCAUUAGCUCUAGCCCUUCAGAAGGGACACCUGCUGUUGGCAGCUAUGGCUGUACUCCUCAGUCCCUGCCCAAGUUCCAGCAUCCUUCCCAUGAGCUGCUCAAGGAGAAUGGCUUCACACAACAUGUCUACCACAAGUAUCGGAGGCGCUGCCUUAACGAGCGGAAGCGCUUGGGCAUUGGCCAGUCUCAGGAGAUGAACACUCUGUUCCGCUUCUGGUCCUUCUUCCUCCGAGAUCACUUCAACAAGAAGAUGUAUGAGGAGUUCAAGCAGCUGGCUUUGGAGGAUGCCAAAGAAGGCUACAGGUAUGGUUUGGAGUGCCUUUUUCGAUACUAUAGUUAUGGUCUGGAAAAGAAGUUCCGGCUGGACAUAUUCAAGGAUUUCCAGGAGGAAACUGUGAAGGAUUAUGAAGCUGGCCAGCUCUAUGGGUUGGAGAAGUUCUGGGCCUUCUUGAAAUAUUCCAAAGCCAAAAAUUUGGACAUUGACCCCAAACUACAAGAAUACCUCGGCAAAUUCCGACGUCUAGAAGACUUCCGAGUAGAUCCCCCCAUGGGUGAGGAGGGCAACCACAAACGACAUCCAGUGGUAGCAGGUGGUGCCAGUGGUGAGGGCAGGAAGCGGUGCCCCUCCCAGUCUUCCAGCAGGCCUGCCGCCGUGGUCAGCCAGCCCACUACAUCACCGACUGGCCAGCCCAUCCAGGAAGAUGCUAAAUGGACAAGCCAGCGCUCAGACACACAAACUUUGGGAAAGUGAAAAGCCCUUAGCCCCUGGGGUUUGGGGGAAGGGGUGGGGUGGGUAAGGGUCCAUGGGGGUGCCCGGUCCCAAGAGAGGGGACAGAGAAGGGCCAGGCCUGGAGUUGACAGGAUGGGCCUCUGUGCUGAGCAGCAGUGUACACACCAUUUGGGCUGUUAGAGGUACCCUGGGCAGGAGCUCCACAUCCCCUUCCCUCCUCUCUCCGCGACUUUUCCAUCCUGGCUUCUUCUACGGGGGGAGGGAAAGGGGGGAGAUUUUUUAUAUAUAUAUAUAUAUAUAUAUAUAUAUAUACACACACACAUACAUACAUAUAUAUAUAUCAAGUUUUAAAUUAUUGAUAGUUUGUCUGGAUUACCAAAAUCACUCUUCAGCCCUGCCCACGGCUAGUAGGCCGCAGCCCUGGUCCUCACCCACAGCCCCUUCCUCCUGCUCCCCCUGAAGCCAACUAUGCAGCCCACCAGCAGGCCCUGGGCCCGGUGGAAGGCGGGCAGUGCCCUGGGCCCCGGGAGCAGCAGCCCCUUGACCACCUGGGCUUGGCCAUCGCCGCCCCCCCCCCAUGCCCUUCUGCCACCUUCUGGGGGAAGGAAACCAAAGGAUUCUCCCCACUCCCUCUUCCCACUUCCCUUGCUCCCCAGCCCAGAGAAACGCUGCUCAGACCAGAAAAGACUAUUGAAAGAUGAUUUAUUUUAUUUUUCUCUGACCUUUCCAUCCUUGGGAAAAUUUUUUAAAAAGUUAAAAAAAAAAAAGACAAAAUUGACCAUUAAAAAAAAAACCAAAAAAAAAAAAAAAUCAGAAAAGCCCUUCCUGAUCAUAGAAAGUGAUGUCUUUCCCCUCUCCUUAGAAUUUUUUUGUUUUGUUCUUGGAAAUAAUAUUUUUUUAAAAGUUGCCUUAUUGUGUGGUGGGAAUGUGAAAUAACACCCAAACGCCUGUUUCCUCGGGGAGCGGACCCGAAGAGCCCCACCUUCUCUGGAUGUGCCUGGCGUGGGCUGGCUAGAUCCUUCCUCUGGACCGAGUUGCAUGUGCAGCGCCUCCUGCCUGGAGGCGAGAGAGUCGGGGCGACUCGCUUCUGAGCUGUGCCCAGAUAUCCCUGCUGCUGCAUCGUUGGAAGCUGAUGUCCAUCCAUGUCUGCGUCCUGCUGCCAGUGUCAUGUCCUCACUCUGCUUGCUGUUGCCUCACGCCAGGCCCCAUCCUGCUGUGAUGCCCUUCAUCCUGCUCUCAGAACCCCAAGGGCAAGUUUGCUUCAGACUGCUGGAAACCAGAGCUGGCCUGGAUCUGGAACGCGCUUGUCCUCGGCCUGAGCAUCUUCCGUGCUAGAGGGGACAGCUGAACAGCUGGCAGCUGAGGCCUGACUGCAUUUCUCGUGAUCUCCUGAAAGAUCUCUGAGACCUCAAGGAGGCUUUGUCUCAUAAAAGAUGACAAAUGUGUCACUGUCCUCCAUUGGUCUGGUGGGCUCUCCCCAUCUUGCAUCCCCCUCUGCAAACCAUCUCUACCUGCCCUCUAAUUGACUCUGCCUGGGGACGAGGGAUGAGGAGGAACUGGGGGCGGGGAGGAAUCCUGCCGAUGGGUGAAGCCCUGUGGCAGGAAGGUAUAUGUGGACAUAGAGUAUACCUGACUUCUCUUCUCCGGCCACUGACUGCCUGAGUUGGGCUGUGAAUGACAGUGGAAUGGCUGGAGUCUCCUGUCGUCAGAAGCUAGGGAGGGUGAUGAAGGACUGACCCAUACAGACUGGGACAUGUGUUUGGUAUGGGUGUGACUGCACAUUCGCCUCCAGUGGGGAAGUUUGUGGUCUUGCUGCUCAGUUAUUGCAGUGUCUUUGAGCCUCCUGUUGAGUGGCUUCCUCUGCUGGCCAAGAGGCCGGGAGUAGGAGGCAGUGUCCCAGGCUGACAGGGCUUGCCCCCGUCUCGGGUGCCUCAUUGCUUUGGCCUUGCCCUCCCAGUGUUUAGUACGUGGGAAGCCUGUCUCUGUUCCUGUGACCCAGUCGUCUCAGACCAAGGAGGAGUGUCCGGUUUCUGCUGUGAAGGGGGCAUUUGAUGCCUUUCCCUGACGGGUCUGGUCGGUGCCUGCCUCACAUGGUAUCAGACCCUGGACUCCUAUACCCCCUUUUCCUGCCCUUCACUUCUUGCUUUGCUUCAAGUCACUCAGUCCCAUACUGUAUCUAGCACCUCAGUAACCUCAGCGUUUGGCCUCCGCUGGGCUUGGGGGCACAGGGAAUCCAUGGAGGUGGGGGAAAGGCUGUUCUCAUCUAGUUUACUCCUAGGCCCGGGCUGCUCUCCUCUCCCUGCUCUUGGACAGCCCCGAAGGGGAAGCCCCUUCAGGGUAGGAAGGUGAGGGUUUCAUCUCAACCUAGGCUGAGGAGGGAGGGGGGCUUUUUUCUUUUUAUUUUUUUGUAACAUGUUAGGAGUUAAUGUUGCAAAGAGUAGUUUACAUCCUCACUUUCUGAAGACACUUGAAUUUAGGACCGAUGUAUCUGUGACAAGCAUGCCAGGAGUGGCAGGGCCAUCGGGGCUAGCCACUUCACACCCGCUAUCCAUCUUCCUGUGGGCAAUCAGACCUGAGACACAAAGAAGCAGCCUGCCCGAACCCCUGUGCACCCUCCACCCUUCCCAGGCUGGGCGGCGCCAGCGCGACCCUUGGGCGUCACACACAAGGGCUGGCUCAGCUCUCAUAAAGGGCGGGAUCUUGCCUGUCCUCUGCUGCGCCUGGGAGCAGAUGCACUACCAGUAGAGGAAGCCUCCCAACCCUGCCCCAGCCUGGACCCCUGGGGCUCAGAGGCGCUGAGCCUCCCUCAAAGUCGUUCAAUGUUUCUGUUUCGUUCCACUGUAGCUUCCCCCUUUCCUGAUGAUUGAUGUACAGAAGAGAAAGUAAGCUGCUCAGAAGGCCCUGAAGUGGAGAGGAGGGGCAAGAAGAUGAGUAGUUAGGAUGGGUGAGGUUUUGCCAAAAGCUUGGGUAGAGUGAUCUGCGUUAUCUGGCACCCUCUUGAAUGGGAACCCCGAAGUAUCUCUUGUGGGAAGGGGCCCUAGAUUCUCCCGCACCCCACUCUUCCUCCUUCAGCUGUGUUGAUGGCAGAGGCAGAGAAGACAGAACUUACAGCCCGUUUCUCACUGGAGAGGAAAACUCGUCGUCUGGCUUUGCGGAGAAGGCGCCACCUUACACUCGUAGUACAUUAUCUCUACCAUGUGCUAGGAUAUCACACUUAAAAGGACAAAAAAAUGUAAAAUACUUGAAUGAGCUUGUAUUAUAACAUUAAUAUUAUUGAGAGUAUCUGCUUCCCAGGCUGAAGUGAUUCAUUCAUUAUUCUAGUCCUGCUUUAGUCCUUUGUAAUUUGUGGUAAUUAUGCUUUUCUUUUUAAUACAAAAAAA